CAAUAAAUAUUUCUGAUGAUAAAAGCAAACGAUUCGGUUAUUAUCUGCUCUUUGCUUCAUAAUCGCGAAGUCAGUAAUAUUUGUGAUUUUAUUUCCCAAUUAUAUUGCAAAAUGCUUUGGAAAAAAAUUUGAAAGUGUAAAAUACUAAAAAAAUAUUUUUGGACAAAUCUGUGAAAGAUUAAAGAAGCCUAAUAAUUUGGGUAUUUAAUAAGUGCUACGCAAAUUCAAUCAACAGCGAGCCGCUGCUAAAUAUCGAUUUGUGCAAGGCGCUGCCGAGAGUGUGUAAACAUAUUUCUGUAUGUGCGGGCAUAUAUAGUUAAUGGAAUUUGUAUGCAUUUCAUAUAUUGUGCUGACCUCCGCUGCAUCCAAAAAAGAGCAGUUAAAACAUCACUGAUUCGACUAUUAUAUUGAGACGAUACUAGUUUUCGCGGAGUUUUGCUGCCGUGUGGAAGACCGGCGGAUACUCCGUGUUAUAAAACAAAAACAUUCGGGCUGAAAAUUACGAUGGCGCAAACAAAACAGCGUAGUCCGCAGCACAGCUUUCGUAUUAAAAGGUUUCAUCACCUUAUAUUUUUUGCUGUAUUGACAAAUCUUUUCGCUAGUAGCUUGCAGGACUGCGUGUGGUAUGGCGUCUGCAAUGUUGAUCCCGUUAUGGGACACAAACAAUAUUGCGUUUACAAUGGUACGGCAAAGGUAAUGCCUGCCAAUGGAUUGGAAUUGAUGAAACAACGAUGCAGCCAUUUGCUGGAAGGUGGCGCCACUGAAUUUUGCUGUGAUAGCGAUCAAAUUGCAAUACUUAACGAGAAUAUCAAAUUAGCUGCGAAUUUUCUCGAGCGCUGCCCUUCAUGUAUGGCAAACCUUGUGCGUCAUUUAUGUGACUUAACCUGUUCGACCAAGCAAUCGGAGUUCUCGAAAAUUGCGCAAAGUAGCAUCUCACCGGCUGGUAAAGCUUAUGCUACUGCAUUGGAUUUACACAUCACUACUGCUUAUAUGAACAACACAUAUAAAUCAUGUUCACAGGUCUCAGUGCCAUCGACUGGUCAGAAGGCUUUCGAUUUAAUGUGUGGCAGCUACAUGGCAGCACGUUGCAGUCCAACAAAAUGGUUUGGCUUUAUGGGCGAUCAGGAAUCCAAUCCGUAUGUACCUUUUCAAAUCAACUAUAUACAACAUGAAAAUAGCUCAGCCUCACAAGGCUACACGCCAUUGAAUUCGAAAACCACGCCAUGUAAUGAGAAAUUGAAUGAUAAAACUCCCGCCUGUGGUUGCAGCGAUUGUGAAGCUUCUUGUCCGGUACCCGUGCCGGAGCCACCACGCCCGGAACCCUUUAAAAUUGCCGGUCUCGAUGCAUUCGCUGUAAUAAUGACUGUUGUCUUUUUCGUUGGCGCACUGCUCUUUCUCAUGGGCGUGUGCCUAUUUCCUUCCAGACGCAGUGAACGUGAAGGUUUGGAUAGUGGCCUAUGUAGCGCCACAAUAAACAACCGUUUUACUGGACAAGUGAGUAACGAGUUCGCACCCGAGGAGGAUUCCCCACUACAAUCGAAAAUGGGCA